GCUAAAAUUAUUAGAACAGGUGCGCAGUCAAUGUUGCAUGAGUUUGAAUGCGUGUGUGUAUACCUGUAUAUCAACGGGUGGUGAGACUCGCACACCUGUACAAAAGAUGGGGAGAGUAGUGUCCUAUUUGCUUUGGGCCGUUAUCAGCCAAUUACUGACAACAAGCUGCAGUCAAUCGUCCACAACAGCACAACCGGAAGAGGAGAUGUGCCCCUGCGAUUGCGAGUACAUGGACCGGAUCGAUCACUUCAAGAACGCGUCUAACUCGUACGUCAACAAGACGCAGGAAGAGCUGGUCCAGAUCCUUCAGAAGAAGCUGGACGAGGUCAAGGAGCAGCUCAAAGUCCAAAUGACCGACAUCCCCGUCGUCAAGGCGCGCAAAGUCAGCGCCACGGACGCCCGUCCGUCCGCUAAGAACGUGGGGUUGAUAGGCGUGGGGUUCCUGGUGUUUGUGUUUGGGGGAAUCCUGGUCCUGGACUUGUUGUCCCUUCCCAGCUUCUUAAGGAGAGUGAAGGCAAAUCUGUGUUAGAAGAACACAAAUCAGAUCUUUAUGUAUUUAUCAUGUUGUGUUUGUUCAGUGCUUUUUAAAUUGGUUGUUUAUGCCGCGAACAUUGUUGAUAUUAAAAAGAAUUACUGCUAGUCCUCUCAUUUUGCAUUUAGAAUAAUUUGGUAAAUUUUUUUUUUCAUCAUUUAGCGUUUAGAAAUAUGUUGUAUUAUUUUUUAAUUGUCUGUUAAAUCAAAAACUAUAAAAUUUUUAUCUGAAUAAUUUUUUGUGCGUAACCUUAAAAGGGAAUAAACAAACGGAUGUCUUUCUGUAUUUGGUGUCUCUGAUGAAUGUACAUCAGGUUAAUCUGUGUUCUUUAACAAUUCUUUUCCAUUGAUAUUAAAGUUUAAUGUUA